AUGACCGAGGUCGCGGAGCCGGACGGGGGCUCCCCGGGUCCCCAGAGCCAGCCCGAGGGCUCGGCGCUUCAGGCGGAGAGACGGGGCGAGCCGGGGGCUUCCGGCCCUGAGGCGCAGAGGCAGGAGGCGCGAGAGGGCGCCGCGGAGGCGCCGAGGGGCGGGGGGCCGGGCGCAGCCGCGACGGCCGAGGUGACGGAAGGAGAAGGGCCGGGGCCGGACGGAGGGCGCGCGGGGGAGGUGGCGCCGGACGCAGGCGGUGGCCCGGGGGCUGAGACGCGGGGCGCGAGCGGAGAGCAGGGCGAGGCCGAGGCGGAGGAGCGCUCCCGGGAGGGAGAGGAGCGGGCGAGCGGCGCGGAGCUGGCGGAGGAGGCGAGCCCGGGGUGCGGCGCGCAGGGCGAGGCCCCGGGGGAGGCCCCGGGGGAGGCUCAGGUGGAGCCUGGGGAUCCCGCGGCCCCCGGGGCGAAGGAAGAGGCGGAGAGCGGGCCGGAGGAGCCGGGAGGCAGCGCGCCUGGGCCGGCGGGGGCCCGCAUGGACGCCGACGGGCUGACGGGGGACAGCACGGCCGCCGAGGCGCCGGCGGGGGACAGCACGGUCACCGAGGGGCCGGCGGGGGACAGCACGGUCGCCGAGGGGCCAGUGGGGGACAGCACGGUCGCCGAGGGGCCGGCGGGGGACAGCAUGGUCCCCGAAGGACCGGCGGGGCUCCGCGUGGACGCCGAGGGGCCGACGGGGGUCAGCACGGUCGCCGAGGGGCCGGCGGGGGUCAGCACGGAUGUCGGGGGGCCGGCGGGAGAGGCGCACAGGGCCCAGGGUGAGCCCCGGGAUGGAGGGGACAGCAGCCCGCAGACCCAGGCCGAGGCGACUGAGGCCGCAGCGUCGGAGAGCGCGGAGUGCAGCCCUGGGGAACUUGCGGGGGAGCCUCCGGGUGCAGCGGCGGGGGCCGCGGAAGAGACAGGGGGCCGGGAGGGAGAGGAGUCGCAGGAAGUGGCCCCCGGGGGCGCGAGGGCAGAUGCUGGCGAGGACGAGGACCAGGGUGCGCCCCUGGGGCAGAGGGAGGAGGCAGAGGAGGAGAGGCGAGAGCUGGGUCCAGAGGGGCCAGGCGAGGAGGCCACAGCCGGGGGCGCGGACGAGCCCCUCGAAGGCAGCGCGGAUGGGGAGGUGGCCCAGGCGACGGAGGCCCGGGAACCCGAGGCCGAGCUGAGCAACCACCUGGCGGAGGGGGGCAGCACCGAGCGCGGCGACGAGACCGCGCCGGUGAACGGUGGCCAGGAGGACGGCGAGGUGUCCGAGGAGGGGGCCCCGGGACAGGAGCACGACAUCACCCUCUUCGUGAAGGCUGGUUGUGAUGGUGAGAGUAUUGGAAAUUGCCCAUUUUCUCAGCGUAUCUUUAUGAUUCUCUGGCUAAAGGGCGUCAUAUUUAAUGUGACAACGGUGGACUUGAAAAGGAAACCCGCGGACCUGCAGAACCUGGCUCCCGGCACCAACCCGCCUUUCAUGACUUUUGAUGGUGAGGUCAAGACGGACGUGAAUAAGAUCGAGGAGUUCCUAGAGGAGAAGUUAGCCCCCCCAAGGUACCCUAAGCUGGGGACCCAACACGCUGAAUCUAACUCUGCUGGAAAUGAUGUGUUUGCCAAGUUCUCAGCAUUUAUUAAAAACACCAAGAAGGAUGCAAACGAGAUUUACGAAAGGAACCUCUUAAAGGCCCUGAAGAAGCUGGAUAAUUAUCUAAACAGUCCUCUGCCUGAUGAAAUAGACGCCUACAGCACCGAGGAAGUUACUGUUUCUGGAAGGAAGUUCCUGGAUGGGGAUGAACUCACGCUCGCCGACUGUAACCUCUUACCCAAGCUCCACAUUAUUAAGAUCGUGGCCAAGAGAUACAGAGAUUUUGAAUUUCCUUCUGAAAUGACUGGCAUCUGGAGAUACUUGAACAACGCGUAUGCUAGGGAUGAGUUCACAAACACGUGUCCAGCCAACCAGGAGAUAGAACACGCAUAUUCGGAUGUCGCGAAAAGAAUGAAGUGAAGUCGGGGUGUUUUCUGUCUCAUCUCGGUCGUAUGAGCUAGACUAUGAAAAGAGUGUGUCCUUUGUGUUUCCCUCCCAAUAACCAUCCUUUGCAAAAUAAUGCCCAUAUUUUAACAGUGCACAGGCCAUAGCGUGAUCCACUCAACACCAAAUGAUACAGAGUCUUGUAAUUUGUCAACUCGUGUAUCUGAAUAAUACCAGUAUCUGUUGUUAUACACACCAAUUAUCCAGUUUAUAUUCAUUUAUGUCUUUAACAUUCUGGGAGCUGCAACACAUGCCCUGAAUAUCUGUCAUCUACAAUAUUUAGGGCAUGUGUUUUGCAGUUUAAGUUUCAAAGCAAACAAGGUUCGGUUCAAUUCCGCCUUUAUUUAAAAAAUUGUAUCUGUCUCUGAUCAUUUUUAAUCAUGCAUAGCCUAUGUUUUUCUGCUCUAAAAUAAUAGUUUGAUUUUUUUCAGAACGAAAACUUUGUUUUUGUAAUUACAAAGUACACGCUUAUUUUAAUAUUUUAAAACAAUGUCAGAGGGUAUAAAGAAGAAAGAAAAAAAAUCACCUAAACUUUCACUACACUUAGAUAACUCCUGAUAACUUAUUGGUGAACAUCUUCCAAAUCCUCAGACUCCCUCUUUCUCACACACACAUUCACACCGCACAUAAGUUCAUGCCUCCGUGGUAUUGUGUUAGUUUAUUUUCAAGAACCGGUGAGGGGACCCCUUGGUAAUGCCUUGAUGGUCAGCCAUAGAGGACCUAAAACAACAGAUUCAGCAAUGCAGAGCUCAAGAGGGCGCUUGUGACCAAGUUUCACAGGGAUGGAGAACUGUAGGGUCACAUACCCACAGGGACUUGCAGGGACAAGCGGGGACCGGAAGCCACGGAGUGUCCCCAUCUGCCUUGUUCCUGCCUCCAUGAUGCCACUGCCCCUGGUUCCAGGGAGGGGAUGGAGGAGGGUGCCUGUCAGGGGCCUUCUCUUGCUCCCCGCCUCUCACAGAGACCAUGCCUUCAGGAGGACUCUUGACAUCAGCUGUGUGUUGCAGAAUCUCUGUGACCUGUGUUGAAAUGUGGACCAAGCACACCUUGAUCCCUUCUGAUGGCCGCUCUCUCCAAGACAUAACAACACUGCGCCUCUUGGGCCAUGAUGCCGUGUAGGGCUAGCCCAGAUCUGGUUGCUUCUCUGCUCUCUCUAGUGUCAUUGCGAGGUCAAGCAAGGAAAAUCCAGAGAGACUAGAUUCAUGGCGACUCCUCUUGGGCAGUUCUGGCAAAUAGUCAUGCUGGGGAGGAAGUGGAAACUGCUGAGUCAAAAGAGUUUCUGGUUCAUCUGUGACUUGCCCUGCCCCAUCCGUGAGCCAGUCCCUCAGGCGCAGCUCCCCGUGGGCUGGGGCCCGGCUCCGAAUCAGGCCUUGGAGCACAGAAUGGGAGGCUGUUUCCACACGCAUCGAGACUCACUGGGUUUGAGUGUUAUCUGCCAGGCUGUGUCCCUUUGACAUUUGUACACACCUUCCGGAAGACCUGCUUGUCCAGUAGGUGACAGCACGUGGUUGAUGUUAAACGCUCGUUAGAAAAAAAAUACAUACACCUGCUCACCGGGCGAUUCAUUUGGAAGAGAGGAAAAUGCAUGAACAGUAACCGUUCUGGGAUUUAGUGAAAGAUGUCUAGUGAGAGAAACAAAGUCCCUGAGAUGGUGGCCACUUUCUCUCCCCUCUUGCUGGAUGCUGCGGUUUCACCGGGGGCGGCCGACCCCAGCCCUCCACUUGCUUUGUUAGGCAUGUAUUUUUGGAGGUUGUGUCUAUCACGUGCCACCAUGAUUCCUGUUUCACAUCUGUUUAGGAGUCAGAUUUUUAAGGUGCGUUUUACCGUGUUACCUUUAAACUUAGUAAAUGAAUUGACUACCCGAUGUUACUAGUGCAAACUUUGUAUUUUUAGAGGUUAAAGUAAUCUACACAAACUCCGU